AUGUCCAGUUUACUUUACCUGGGCGUACUUACGCUUGCCAUGGUCGCCAGUGACAUGAUUGAUGACUGUUUGAAUUCAAACCGUUCUUACUACAUGAAUAUUGUACUGCUGGAGGACAACACUUAUGAAUGGAGCAUGCCACUUGUGAAGGCGGCCGUGGAACAAGCUAUUCUAGCUGACAAGCAGGAGAACGAUAAGUAUGGUUUAGACUUCACUUUGACUGCUAACUUCAAUGGGUUCAACACCAACUUGUACAAGCGGCAGGGCUGCGGGAGCAGCACGUGCGAGGGGUUGACAAUACUCAAGAAACUAAACGCUAAUGGUGAAGUUGGAUGUGUCAUGCUGGGGCCUUCCUGCACAUAUGCCACCUAUCAGUUAGUAGAUGAAAACAUUGGUCUGCGUUUAACCAUUCCCAUCAUCUCUGCUGGAAGUUUUGGCCUCUCUUGUGACUACAAGCCUAAACUAACCCGAAUUCUGCCUCCAGCACGAAAGAUCUGUGACUUUUUCCUUCACUUUAUGAAUGAAACUCUGCCAUUCAAGGAGGAGCGGUGGAGCCGAUUCUACGUCUAUAAGAAAACCAACAAUGCAUCUGAGGACUGCUUCUGGUAUAUCAACGCACUGACGGCACCUACUAACAAGUUUAUGCUGGGCACAAACACAGAGCCAAUUCAUGGGGAGGAGGGCCUGAAAAAAUUGUUCCAGUCUCCGAAAAGACACAGCAACAUUUUAAUCUUAUGUGGGAACACUGAUGAGAUGAUUUCAGUAAAGGAGCUGGUGGGCCAGAUUCCCAAAGACUUCCUGUUUAUUCUCAUAGAUGUGUACAACCCUGAUUAUUAUUUAAACACCACAUCUUCUGCGGGUAUGGAAAGUGUCUUAGUGGUCACUCUGCCGCAGAGAAACUACACCUCUGGCUCUUCAUUCAAUGAAACGAUAAACGAUUAUGUGGCUGGAUAUCAUGAUGGGACUCUGCUGUUUGGUAAAGCACUCAGAGAGAGGAUGCUCAGCAUACAAAAAUACAACGGGAACGACAAUGGCUCUCUGGGUGACAACCCAUUUGGAAACAUCUCAUUUUAUGGUAUGGGAGGACACUAUGUGCUUGAUGAAUAUGGGGACAGAGAUGUUAACUUCUCAAUCAUUUACACAUCAGCUAACACUGCCAAGUAUAAAACUCUGCUAUUGUUUGAUACAUCACUAAAUAAAACCAUCAAUUACACCCAAAACCCCACUCUGCCGUGGGCAGGAAACAAGCUGCCUCCUGACGAGCCAAAGAUGCCGGAUGAGUUUGACAUGCAGGAAAUCAUUGUGAUUGUUCUGAGUCUCAGCGUUGUGGUGGUGACGGGAGUUGCUCUUAUCUUCUACAGGCAGAACAGGAAAGAACGCUGUCUACAGAAGAAAUGGUCUCACAUCGAACCUCACCUGAUUGGCCCUCUGGAUGAGAAGGAAGUGUCUCUGAAGAUUGAUGAAGAUAAGAGAAAGGACAGUAUAUACUUCAGGCAGCGAGGCCGCUACGACAAGAAGCCUGUAAUCAUGAAAGAGCUGAAAACCACAGAGGGAGACUUCACCGAGGACCAGAGGAUUGAGCUCAACACUCUGCUGUGCAUUGACUACUACAAUCUGACCAAAUUUUAUGGCACAGUGAAGUUUGAAUAUGGUGUGUACGGUGUGUUUGAGCUGUGUCAGAGGGGCUCCCUCAGGUACAUUCUCAGUGACAGGAUCUCUUACCCAGAUGAAACAUUCAUGGAUAUGGAGUUUAAAAUAUCAGUCAUGUAUGACAUAGCAAAGGGCAUGUCAUAUCUCCACUCAAGCAAUAUUGCAGUCCACGGCCGCCUCAAGUCCUCCAACUGUGUUGUCGACAACCGUAUGGUGGUCAAGAUCACUGACUUUGGCUGCAACACCAUGCUAAAUACAGGAAAAGAUUUGUGGACUGCCCCGGAGCAUCUUCGUAAAUUUGGGGUGUCUCCAAAAGGCGAUGUCUACAGCUACGCCAUCAUUGCCCAUGAGAUUGUUAUGAGACAAGCCCCUUUCUACACAGAGUACUGCACUGAUGUUAGAGAGAAGAUCUACAGAUUGCAGCAUCCUAUCGGGCACAAUGUCUUCAGACCUGACCUGAACUUUGAGGGUGUGUCAGACAGAGAGAUUGAGCUGUACACACUGAUAAAGAAUUGCUGGGAGGAAGACCCAGAACGGAGGCCAGAUUUUAAAAGAAUCGAGUUAACGCUUGGAAAUAUUUUCAGUAAUCUCCAUAACCAAGCCACAGAGACGUACAUGGACAACCUGAUCCGUCGUCUGCAGAUGUACUCCAGGACUUUGGAGAAGCUCGUGGAGGAGAGAACGGCUUUGUACAAAGCUGAGAGGGACAGAGCGGAUCGCCUCAACUUUAUGCUUCUUCCUGGCCCAGUGGUGCGUUCCCUGAAGGAAACGGGGAGUGUGGAGCCAGAGCUGUUUGAGGAGGUCACCAUCUAUUUCAGUGAUAUUGUGGGAUUCACCACCCUCUGCUACUACAGCACCCCCAUGGAGGUGGUCGAUAUGCUCAACGAAAUCUACAAGAACUUUGACAGCAUUCUUGAUCACCAUGAUGUCUACAAGGUUGAAACAAUAGGAGAUGCUUACAUGGUUGCAUCCGGUUUGCCCAAACGUAACGGCAACAGGCAUGCAUUGGACAUUGCCCACAUGGCCCUGGACAUCCUAUCAUUUGUGGGGACGUUUGAGCUGGAGCACCUGCCUGGGAUUCCUCUAUGGAUCCGUAUUGGUGUACAUUCAGGCAGCGCUGCACUAAACACAGACAUGAUUCUGUCACUGCAUGGGCUCAGCAACACUUCCAAAAAUCAUUUUCCGGAGAACUUCCAGUCGCUUCAGAAGGAUCUGGCAGAGAUGAUCGUGUUAAGUCUGGAGAAGCGUGGAGGGGACAGCUUCAAAAAGAGGAAGACUCUGUCCACCAAAAUCCGCCGGAGGGAGACCAACAGCAGCGCGCAGAGCGACAGCCUGCCAGAGUACUUCCACCUAGCUGUCACUGAGAACCCGAGCACCUACCUGUGAUCAUAGAAGAGCUUUCAGCACGAGACGUAGACUUUGUACAAGUUUGUCAAGUUAGAUUCAGGACUGCUGGGUUUCUUUGGACAGCUUUGUUCAUUCAUCGG